AUGUCCUCUACUAGGACUUCAGCGCUCAACGGCGCAGCCCUCUUUGCUGGUGGCGCUGUGGUGGGCACGGCUUUGUAUACGCUCGCUCGUUCCCUCGUAACUGCGUCAGGUCGCGGUGGGGACCGGUCCUCCGAAGCAGGUACCACUCCUGCACUCCAACACAAUGUUGAUGAUCGACAGAAGGCUCUGGAGGCCACAACCCUCCGUGCACCUGCCGAGUCUGUAGACAAAGAGGGGCUUUUUGUGGCGCCGACAUCGAACUUGGAUGCUACGUACGACAAUGUUGGCGUCAUGGGUGUGCCGAAUGAACCCCGCGCAUCGCAGCCACUCGUUCAGCCGCAAGACACGCAUAUUCAGCUGGGACUGAACGCAGCGGGCCAGCGAAAUGUGCAUGAGCUCCCUGACUUGAGCAAAAGUAUGCUUACGCUUAGCCUUCUCGUGAUUGAAAUGCUUGCCCUCGAGCACAGCGGCACCAUCUUUACGUACGAAAGCAGCGCCACAGGCUUUGGAGCAUUCUGCGAAUCGCGCUCCAACGACACCAAUGUCGCUGUGCACCCUAUGCAGACUCGUGCCGGCGCUGGCCAGGCUGUCGCUGGUUUCCUUGCUGGAGAAGGCAGUGCUGCGACGCCAGCAGGUGGUCGCUCGACAGUGACAGUGCUCACCAACGCUGCGGGCUUCUUGGCCAUGGGUCCAUCGCUCGCUACGAUCGACGCCGCUAACGCUGACCUCGUCGUUCACGUGUCGGGCGUGAACCAAGCCAUCCAUGAGGACCUGGCCGUCACGAAUGACUAUGCGUCGACGCUCGCGACUGCCUCCAUGCUAGGACAUGCGGGCUUCGAAGUUCUCUUGUCUGCAUCGCGUCAAGAAGCGAUCGACAUGGCCCACUAUGCAUACACGCGUCGAGAUAAGCGUGCGCUCGUCCACAUCUUUGACGGUGCUUACUCUGCGUGCGAGAUGGGCCUCUUGUCGCCACCAUCUAGUCAGGUACCUACACCGUUUGCUUAUACGGGUCCAGCAGCGCCCGAGACGGUGUUGUGUAUGCCAAAUGGCGCCAUGUCGUUGCGUGCGCGCACGCUCCUCCUCUCUUUGCCUAGCGCCCUGCGUAGCAAGCUAGGCAUCGUCAGUGUGCGUGUGCUGUGCCCAUGGGAUGACGUGGCUCUGCGCGAAGCUGUGCCGACGAGCGUUCAGACAAUCCGUGUGGUGGAAGAGGCAUUUUCUUCCACGGACGGUGCAAUUUAUUCGAAUACACUCGAAUCUGUCCUGAGUGGCGCAUUUGCGGAGCAAGUGCCGAAUGUCCAGUCGCUCGUGCGUGCCCCCGGUCAGCACAUUGGAUUGGCGGCUUGGUACGAGAUCCUGCAAGCGGCUGCUUCUCAGCCAUCGACGCCACUCACAUUCACAACCAUUUUGGAGCGUGCGAACCAGUCAGCAACCAACGUAAAAGAUCUCACGCCAUUGUCUGGCUCGCACCUCAUCACGUUCUUUGGCUCUGAUCAUGGUGUGACACUCGAGGCCGCUUCCCUGCUGACUCGCGCUCUGUAUGAAAAUGGCAAGCAUGUUCGUAUGCUUUCUCGCUUCGACAACUUUGCAGCAGGCGGUGCUGUGCGCACGGAUAUUGUUGUGUCCGACCGUCAAGGUUUGGAUAUCCCGAUGGAUCUCCUCGCACGCGAUGGUGCCUCCCACGUCGUCAUAGUGAGUGAACCGUCCACACUGCUCUCUGGUUACAAGCUCUUCGAUGCUUUGCGUGACAAUGGUACUGUGCUCUUGAAUGCUUCCAACUGGACUCCAGACGACGUCAGUGCGUCGCUGUGCGAUGCUGACAAGGCGCUUUUGGCUAAAAGGCACGCGAACGUGUUUGUCGUCGAUGCCCUAAACUCAGCUCAGUGCCUGCUUGAUAGUACAGCUACUGCCUCGUCUAACGGCAGUGGGAAGACGAAGGACGGUCGUCCUCUCGCUGCGGCAGACUUGGCUGCAUCCGCCGUUCUGACGAGCGUCAUUGUCGCCGAGCCGACGCUUGCGUCAAACCUGAAGAAAGCUGUGUUCUUGCGUGAUCAGUCCAUGCACUCUGUAUUGGCUGAUAGAACAGCGUCUGUUCCUACCGACACUUGGAAUGCGGCUUCUAUUUCGUCUGACGACGAGUCCGACGAGGCCACCGGCAUCCGACAGGCGCACUUGUCGUACAACGGCUUGUAUGCAAUAACGAAGCAUUCGGGUAAUGAGAGUCAAGUGACACGUGCAUCGUGGGCUUUGGCUGCAUGGCAACUCAUGUUCCGCGAGGCUUAUGAUUUGGAUGACAAGGCAUUGCGCCCCGACUUGCCAGAAAAGACCUACAACAUCACCGUGGCUGUGAACAAGCGCUUGACACCUCUCGACUACGACCGGUACCUAUUCCAUAUGGAGCUGGACACCACUGGCACUGACCUGCGCUACGAGGUGGGUGAGGCACUUGGUGUGCAUGGGUGGAAUGACGAGAAAGAGGUUGAAGACUUUGUGCGCUGGUGUGGCUUGUCUCCCGACGAGCUGGUCUACGCGCCGAGUGUCACACGCCCAGGUUCAUGGGAAAGUCGGACGGUCUUCCAGACGCUUCAGCAAAACCUUGACAUCUUUGGCAAGCCUCCGAAAAGCUUCUACGAGGCCCUGGGCAAGAUCGUGCGUAGCAAAGACGAGGCCCGUUGGCUCCGUUUCAUCAGCUCGAACGAAGGCAACUCGACGUUCAAGAAGCUGUCCGAGUCUGAAACGGUGACAUAUGUGGAUGUACUGCACAUGUUCCCGACGGCCGACUUGAACAUCGACUGGCUCGUGAAAAACAUUGAGCCCAUCAAACCGCGUCACUAUUCGAUUGCCAGUGCACAAGUGGCUGUCGGAAACUCCGUGCACUUACUCAUUGUCACUGUUGAUUGGAAGACACCCCAUGGUAGCCCUCGCUUCGGCCAAUGUACUCGCUACCUGGCCGGCUUGAAGCCUGGCACAAAGGUGACGGUGAGCUUGAAACCGUCUGUCAUGAAGCUUCCGCCUCUCGACUCGCAGCCGAUCAUCAUGGCGGGUCUCGGUACAGGUGCGGCGCCGUUCCGUGCCUUUCUCCAAGCUCGCGCUUACAAGAAGAGCCUGGGCCAUGAAGUGGGGCCGAUGUAUUACUAUUUCGGCUCGCGACACCGCGCCAUGGAGUAUCUGUACGGAGAAGAACUCGAGGCAUAUGUCCAAGACGGUCUGCUGACACAUUUGGGCUUGGCGUUCUCUCGCGACCAGAAACAGAAGGUGUACAUUCAGCACAAAAUCAUCGAGGAUGGCAAACAGCUCGCGAAGCACCUCGUGCCUGACAUUGACUCAACGGACAACAAGGUUGUUCGCGACGAAGACAAGGGUAUCUUUACUCUUUGUGGUCCCGUGUGGCCAGUGCCAGAUAUCCAAGAGGCCCUUGUUACUGCCUUUACCGAAUAUGGCUGGUCAAGAGAGCAAGCUGAAGAAAAGAUUGCCGAUCUGAAGGAAGAAGAGCGCUACGUGCUGGAAGUCUACUGA